GACACAUUAUAGUAUAUCCAAUCUUACCAACCAUUCAGUGGUUAUGGUUUCACGUUGUAAUUUAUGUCUUCACACAGACACAUAUACACAAAUAAUAAGAAUCAUAAUAUAUAAUUGUCCCAUUUGUCAUAUUUAUUUUUGCAAUAAUUUGAUCACUUAUUUUUUUUCCAUAGAUGAGUAUACAUGUUAAUUAAUGUUGGCUAGAUCAUGGCUACGAUGAACAUGGCCGCUCCUAUAACAUUCCGGCCACCGGAGUUCACUAAAAGCCGCCAUAAAACCGUCAUCUAUCUUCCAAAAAGAAUACACAUUUCUGUUUCUUGUGCGUCUACCGGCGCAUCAACUACUACAAAACCUGAAAUUGAACUUGAGUUCAUUGGGCCAAAACCAGAUGAAAAUGGCAAGUUUCCCAUGGAUAAAGCAAAAGCAGUAAGCGGUGAGAAGCUCCUAAGGAACAUCAUGUCAGAGAACAAGAUAGAGUUGUAUGCUGCAUAUGGAAAGGUGAUGAAUUGUGGAGGGGGUGGAAGCUGUGGUACUUGUAUUGUGGAGAUUAUUGAUGGAAAGGAUCUACUGAAUGAGCGAACAAAUCCAGAACUCCGAUACCUAAAGAAGAAACCUGAGUCAUGGAGAUUGGCUUGCCAAACUAUAGUUGGAAAUAAGGAAAACUCUGGAAAGGUUGUCGUGCAGCGGCUGCCUCAAUGGAAGAAGUGAUGGUAGAUGAACAUGUAUAACCUAAACAGUUAACUCACCAACAACUUUGAACAGAGGAUAAAUCGCGCCCGGAAGCUAGCAAGCAUGGUUCAGUAGCUAGGAAACAUGAAUUUUAUUCAUUUACCAAGUAACAGCAAGGGUUUUUUCUGCUCCAGCAUUUUACAUUAGAAAGUAUAUGUGUCAAGUUAUAAAAGUUAUACAAGUUAUACAAGUUAUACAACUAAGUUCUUUGUUUACUUAGUUGUAGCUAUCUCUAUUCUCUUGAGUGACAGUACAUUACUACUACAUAUUCUUGACAUACAUAAUUAUGCAAUAUGCUUUUAUUGAGGAUUAAAUGAUUUAUUCAAAA